UCGUUGUCAUCAUGGUGUUUGGGAAUGAUGAGCGGUUAAUGGCUUGGGUAGCGGAGGGGUACAAACAUAAGCUCUUUGCGGACGAUGCAAAAACAGAUGACGAUAUCCGCCCUUGUGAAUCUGAUAGUUUUGUCCUAUUGCCGGAAGAAAAGACAGAUACCUUUGCAGAAUUAAGAAUAGUUACUCCAGAACCAUUCCAGGGUCAGAAAAGAGUUAGGAGUGCUACCCAUUCGAGAAAGAAUGUUGUUAUUCAGAGACCUGGGACUGCUCCCCCGAGGGCAGAAUAUGUCAGCCCUUACUCCCAGAAGGCUAUAUCAGCGUCAAGGUCAUCAUCGCCCAUGCUACCAAGACCAUCCAGUUCCUCCUCAAACCGGGUGGGAAGUGCGGGUUCAAGCAGACUCAGUUCGAAGAAAUUCAACGAGAUGCGCACGGGUUUUACACUCGUCAAUAAACUAUACGAGCAUAUGAAAGAGAGCAAAAAUAUAAAUUUACAUCCGGCAAGCCCAGAUCCAGACUUUCGAUACUUUGAUCGUCAUUCCCGAUGUUACGGAUAUAGUCAUAUGCAUGGACACUUAAUAUACGACAGGCCUCAAACAGCUUGUGAUGAACGCCCUUGCGAAUCGUACUCACGCCCGGUCUCAGCGCUAUCGAACACGUCCCGAUUAUCGUUUUAUCACAAUGACCCCAAAUCGACGAAUCAGCCCCAACGAUAUAUUAAUUAUCAUCGUCCUCGAUCCUCUCCCUUAACGAGAAAAGAGCUACUGACCUACUCUAGGGCAAAUUAUUUAAGUAGGGGUAUCCGCCCGAAGUUCUGUGACAUUGUCAGGCAGAAGGAGCUCCAUCACCGAGAUGAGGAGGACAAAUCUGAGAGUUCCGAAUACAGUUACUACAGACAACAAGGGCACCUGCUCACCAGAUGGCGCAAACACAGCAAUGCAAGUAAGGAGGGGCGUGGUGGAACAGAGGGGCGACCGGGAUCUCCCUCCUCCACGGUGGAUGGUGCUGACAAUGAAAGAGAUCUACUCGAAAAAGAGGAAGUUGAACCAGAGGUAGAAACAAAGCCAGAUAUCAUUACGCCCACAGUAAUAGAUUUCCCAGACAGUAAGUCGGACCGAUCUAACAGCUCAGCACCGGCACCGCACCUUUCUGUCGAUAUCAGAGUUGUCAUCACUGGCAAACCUGCUACUAAAACUGAUAACAAUGAUGAAAAGAAGGCAAGUAUGAGAAACAGUUGA